GCGAACGUGAACCCAGUCCUAUCAUCCACCUCCUCCACUCGCCCAAUCCCCCACCCCCAACUCACCUACUCCUCUCCCAUCUCCAGCCGCCUCCUCCGGCAGCUGGUCGUGAGGCAAGCCGCCGGUGAGCCGCCUCCUCCGGCAGCUGGUCGUGAGGCAAGCCGCCGGUGAGCCGCCCCGCGCUCCACCUGCCUCUACUUCCUUCUCCUCCUUCCCAUCUCCUCCCUGACCUCCCUCCCAUCUCUCUCCACGCCUGCGCACGGCGUAGGGACUGGGCUCUCCCGGAGAAGGUAGCCACGGCCGCGCCCCUUGGGUUCGAUCUCGACGAGAUCCUGGCGUUGCCGGGCCGUGGCGUUGGUGGCCUGACCUGCGGAUUUGGCGGUGGCCGGUGCUGCGGGAUGGCGUUCGUCGGGGAUCCGCGGUGCACGGGUCGCUGAGGCUGCCGAGGAGGUCGAGGCGCCGCCGCCUCCGGGGAGGUCCCCAUCGAAGCGCUGGUCAUGCCGGCUGUGGUGAGUCCCUGCCCCGCGCGCGCACCAACGAGGUGAGCCGUCGAUGGCUCUGCUCCGGGCGACGCCGCUCCCGCCUCCGGGGAGGUCCCCAUCGACGACGCUGCUCACCUCCGGUGCGGCCGGGCGUCCUCGCCGCGUUCAAUAAUGGCGUCACGGAAGGUUGCGGCCCUGCGGUGCGUCACGUAUGACGGGUCCUUCGCAUUCCAAACCUCCUCGUCAUCCAGGUUGGGAUCGCAACAGGGCAGGGCAAGUUCGUCGAUCUGGUUCGGAAGGCGGCCGACCUGAGGUACGUGGACGCCAUGAGGCCCCUCAUCGCCAACGACUUCACGCACCUCACCACCGCGGCGCAGGUCCGGCUCAUGCAGUAACCAUGAUUAACUACUAGCGCGUGUGUCUGCCUGAUUAGUCGUGUACACUGAGAUACUACUAUCAAUAAGCACCUGGAUUGUUGUUUAGUUUUCACCACACUAUUAUUGAUGCACUGAAGAGUUUGGUGGAUGAUAGAUUAUAAGUGGCUAAUGAACGAAUCUGCUUUAAUUAGACAGUAUGUAGCAGCAGCUGUAUACUACUAAUCAUGUUGAAAACCUAUACUCUUCAGAUUUUAGUAGUUCCCAUGGCUAAUUCUUGUUGACAUCAUGGUAAAACAAGUUGAAAAUAUGGCAAAACAUGCAACAGUAGUUGCCUUGGCAAAACAAUGUUGAAAUUGCAGAGGAAUGACAUUCUUGAUAUACUUGGGAGCAUGCUUUUCCAGGUCUUCAUUUUGGCAGCAUGGCAACAAAUCUAUACUAAUUUUACCAUCAUGGCAAUUUUUAGAUCCUAAAGAUAGACAACAUUCUUUUCUAAGUUCUUACAUGCCAAGAAAACAUUUUUUUCUCAACUAACCAUGGCAACAUGUUUUUGCCAUGGCAAAUUUACAUUACUUACCACUGCAAAAUUAACUUUUGCCAUGACUCUUUGUUCAUAAUUUGUUAUUUUUUUACACACAUGGCAAAUUUCUCAUACAACCAUGGAAAUUUUAAUUAGAAAACCAUGGCAAUUUUUAUUAUAAAUCUACCAUGGCAAUUCUUUGUUCAUAAUUUGUUCUUCUUUUACACACACGACAAAUUUCUCAUACAACCAUGAAUUUUUUUAUUAAAAUGCGAUGGUAAAUUUUAUUAUCAAUCUGCCAUGACAAAAAGCAUGACAAAUUUUUAACUUUUAUAGCCAUGUCAAUUUAAUUUCAUACCACAUGGCAAAUUUAGUUUAUAGUACAUGGCAAAUUAACUUGUACAACCAUGGGAAAACUAACUUUUAAAUCCCAUGGAAAUUUAAUUUGAUAGCCCAUGGCAAAUUUAUUUUAUAGUCCAUGGCAAAUUAACUUGUAUAGCCAUGGGAAAUUUACUUUCAAAGCCCACAGCAAAUUCACCUUUUUAUUGCCAUGGCAAGUUAUUGUUUAUUAUUUUUGCCAUGGCAAAUUUUAACUUUUAUUUGCCACGGAAAUUUUACUUAUGCAUGGAUGGCAAAUUUUACUUAUUAUUCAUGGAAAUUUUUACUUCUCAUUCUUCAUGCCAAAUAUACCUUCAUUUUGCCAUGGCAAUUUCCAUUUAGUGGGUAAAAUGCAUAAAUUUUCCAUGUCUUUUGUACACCAAAUAUGCAUAAAUUUUUCCAUGUCCUGUAGUACAUAAUUUGCCCAUGUGACAGGUCUGAAAAUUUUCAUAGUUUUGCCAUGUGGACAUUUCAAAGAUUUUAUACGCUUUUACCAUGCUUUUUUGGGAAAACAAAAUGGUUUUUUAGUGAAUUCGCCAUGUGACCAGAUAUGAACUUGCCAUGUUUUGAACAAAUUUCAUCAACUUGAUUUGUGAUUAGUACUCCAUAAAAUGCAUUCCAACAUGAUAUGUGCAUUUGCCAUCAUUUAGCUGUAGCAUGACAUGGAAAAUUUUAAUUUUCUAUUUUGCCAUGGCAAUUUUCAGUUAGUGGAUAAAAAUGCAUAAAUUUUCCGUGUCUUUUGUACACCGAAUAUGCAUAAAUUUUUCCAUGUCUUGGAGUACAUAAUUUUGCCCAUGUAACAGGUCCAAAAAUUUUCAUAGUUUUGCCAUGUGGACAUUUCAAAGAUUUUAUACACUUUUACCAUGCUUUUUUUUGGGGAAACAGAAUGUUUUUUAAUGAAUUUGCCAUGUGACAAGAUAUGAACUUGCCAUGCUGUGAACAAAAUUCAUCAACUUGAUUUGUGAUUAGUACUCCAAAAAAUGCAUCCCAACACGAUAUGUGCAUUUGCCAUCAUUUAGUUGUAGCAUGACAUGGAAAUUUUAAUUUUCUAUUUUGCCAUGCCAGAUUCACCUUGACAUGGCAAAUUUACCUAAAUCGCCAUGGCAAAUUUUAUCUUUUAUUGACAUGGCAAUUUGUACUUUUCCAUGGCAAAUUUACGUUUGACAUACAUGUCGAAAUUUUGCCAUGAAAAAUUUAGUUUAACGGAUCAUGGCAAAAAUAGUAAUUGGCCAUGGACACUUUUUAUCUCCUGAACAUAGUACAAUUAUCUACUUUUUAUGGGACGAUGGCAAAUUUAGUUGACGGUCAUGGGCUCAUGGCAAAUUUAUCUUAUGCAUCAUGGCAUUUUCUAGUGCAUGGACCAUGUGAAUUUUUUUAAACUGUGGCCAUGGCAAAUUUAUUUCAUAUAUUUUUAAUAUACAUAUAUCAUUUUGCAUUUUCUGGUGAUGAUUUGUGUUAUGCUUAUAUGCAUGACAAAUUUCUUUAUACAAGCAUGGCAAUUUUACUUAAAAUACCAUGGAAAAUUUUAAUGUCCAUAUGCCAUGGCAAUUUUUAGCUCAUAUUUUAAUGUCCAUACGCCACGGCAAUUUUCAUGUCAUUUUUGAAAAAGAAAACAAAAUGUGGUUUUUUUUCUUUUCGUUUUUAUUUAUAGGGAAAAGGCCAUGUAAGGGCCUUGGGGGAGGGCGUUCGUGAUUUGGGCAAUUCCACCCGAACGAAAUCGUUCGUGACAGCGGAGCCGUCGUAACGAACGGUGUGAGCCAUGUGCAAGUUGCCGUGGGCGUUAGUUUUUCCGGAUUCAAAACCGCCUCCUGCUUUGUCGCUGACGGAGUAGCUAGUGGUGGCAAGCCGAACCGACUUGGAAUCAGUUUCCGUCGUAGAUUCCGACUCGAACUCUUCCCUCCCAGCCAGCCUCUAUAUAAACCAAUCUCCGACCGCUUCAAUCAGUAGGCUUUCGAUUUCGACUGGAUGAGUAGAAAUCCUUGUUGGGAAAGAAAUUUCUUGUGGACGUGAUGGGCGGCAGUUUGGAUGAGAGGUCCUCGUGCUCGUCGUCUAAGCGGCGGCGACGGAAUAAUGAUCAUGCCGAGAGGCUGCCGCGGAAGCAGCACCUUUAUCUGGCGGUGGAUGACUGGGAGGGCGGGUACAGCAUCCACAAGCUUGACGCCGACGACAUCUUGGAGGAUACACAAGGAGGCGGAGGAGAGCACAAGCUUCUGGAGCACGCUGCCAUCCGGAUAAAGACGCCGAUGUGUGGCCGCAUGGAGUUCACCACCGUGGGCACCAACAUCUUGGUCGACACCAACCCGCAUAACCGCGGCGACCACGCUCCCCCAGCCGUCAUCUACGACACGGAGACCGCAGCCCUCACCGUGGGCCCGCGUUUUCCACGUGGGAUUGAUCCCCUAGCGACUAGCAUAGCUGUCGGCAAAACGAUAUAUGUCUUGACAACCGCAGACUUGCCUCAUCUCCCAUGUUUGCAAGCCUUGUCGUGGCGCAGAGUCGCCGCAGACAACAUAUGGGAUCCAUACAUGGAUUGGUCCUGGAACAAAGUGCAGUCACAGCCACCCUUCAACGGGGUAGACAUCGUCGGCUACGCGUUGCACCCGGACGGACGUACCAUCUUCAUGUCUACAAGGAAGCAGGGAACCCACUCCUUGGACACGAGCAACGGCGUGUGGACAGGCCUUGGGGACGACUGGGUUUUGCCCUUCAAAGGCCAAGCCUUCUUCGACGCAGAGCUAAAUGCAUGGGUUGGGACGGAUCGCAAGGGCGCUGGAUAUGUUUGCUGCUGUCAGGUUGCCUCACGCAGCGCCACCACCAAAUGGCCGUUGGAAUGCAGGGUGCUCAAGGAGAAGCUGUUUCGCCGCAACAACGAGGAGCAUUACAUGGAGGGUGGCCGGCACAAGGAUGUCACUCUUACCUACAUGGGCGAUAGCAGGUCUUGCCUCGUCGAGAACAUCGUAUCCAGCAAGGAAGCCAUCGACACUGUGCUCCAUGUCACCUUGUUUGGCCUCAAGUAUGACCACAUGGGAGAGCUCCAAACUAAGGGUCGCCGUGGCACUAGGUCAUAUGCAGUGUCCAAGAACACUCGUCAUUUCUCUCAUGCAACAUUCUGGAUGUAACUAAAUAUUCAGCCUCGACCAAUAGGUAUUACUACAAAAAUAGUACUCUCUUCGUCUCAAAAUUCUUGUUUUAGAUUUGUCUAAAUACGGAUGUAUCUAGACAAAUCUAAGACAAGAAUUUUGGGACGGAGGGAGUAGAAGAAAAAGUGUGCUUUCAUGGUUUCUUCUUCAGCAGAUUUGUAUAAGGGGCAGAUGGCCAAUGUUGUAGUGUCUCCCUUUUAGCAUACUAGUAAUCAAGCACGUGCAAUGCACGCUGAACAUCAAAUAUGAAAUCUACAAAAACUUGACCUAUAUGCUCGAUAACACCCAGUGGUGUGCGGGAAUAUUAUUUUUCUUUCUUCCAAAAUGUGCAAAAGAUUCAAACAUAUACAAUUGUGCCAAAUCUUAGUACUUCCUCCAUCCCAAAAUAUUAGGCGUCCUUAAAUUUCACUGGUCAAUGCGUACAACUUUUGGUGAAUUGUACUUAUAAUAUGUUCACAAAAUUAGCAUCAUGAUAUAUGAAAUGAAAGAAAUUUGCAAGAUGAAUUCAACAGUGCCAUUUAUAAAUUCUGGAUGCAUAUAACUCAGUAUAUAUGGUGAAAGACGAACAUCACCAGCACGAAAAUAGCGCGCCUUAUAUUUUGGGACAGAGGGAGUACUCAACUUGCCCAACACCAAAAGUGAGUAGAACCAGGGUCAACAAGUAUGCUAGCAGAUGUAUCACAAACUCGAUAACUCACUAUUAGGUUCAGGUUUCAAGUUCCGUGAGAAUUUUCAAAUUAAUGUGGGACAUGUAGAAAAUCAAGUUUUACUACGACAUGAAAAAAAUUGGCUCCCAUUUCUUCUUUCUCAAUGGCUCCCAUUUCUUCUUUCUGAAUGCAGACUUCAAAUUACCAUUUUAUACACAAAAACUUGGCAGUCCAUUAUUCAUUCCAAUAUAUACAGGUCAUUGCCAGAUUAGGUUACAGCAGUAGUGAUACUUUUUUUUUACUUCAUUGCACUCCUUAAAUCUCAUUGAUUCUUGGAGCUCAAAAUCAAACAUAAAGUAGUAUAUAUUUGACAUCCGUUGGAAAUGCAAAAUUAAAUUCAUUACACAAAAGAAAUGGAACAGAACCACAUAAGUACAUUCGACCAGAUAUACAAUCAUCAACUAAAGCAUUAGUAAAAAGUAUACAUGAAAACCAAGAAAAAAUUACAACAUGGGAAACACCUAGAAAUCACUUGUUGAUGAUGAAUACACGCGACGUUGUUCCGGCUUUGGCAACCUGUGAGCAUGUUGUACUUCAACUAUUCAGGCCAUCUUCUCUUCAGUUUGAGGCUAGCACUAAUACAAUAAUAGGGUAGGUAUUGUCAAUGGUUUUCCCGAUGUCUAAAAACAAAAGGAAUAAGAAGGAUUAUUUCUUGAUCAAGGGUGUUGCCACUUUUCGAGAAGGUAUUGGAAAAUAAUCCAUGUUAUGCUUGAGCUGCUACCUUUACGUGAACAAAAACACUCUGAUAAAGAUCCUUACAGUGUGA